AGAUGUUUGCCAUGCCCCCAUUCCCUCUGCGGGCUAAGCUGCCUCUUAUCUCACCAUUACCUAGUCUGUGCCUCCUCCUGUCUCUCAAGGACAUUGCCACAGACCAUUACACCACCAAGGUUGCCAUCAUUACUAUCACUUAGUUGAAAAGUGAUAUUGAACCCAAUUAGGCACACCACUGCUGCCCCCUGGACACAGUUUGCUACCAGCUCCAUUGCUACCACAGUACCACUGACUCUUUGGCAACUGAGUGGUGGCAUCUCCAGACCAGCAUGCAUGCCACCAAAUAGAUGAUCACUAAUGUUGCCACCACUGCCACUCUGCCAAUGGUUAACUUUAUAAUGCAGUCAGAUGCACACCCAAUCCAGCAUUAGAUCACAUGCUGGCUUCUGAAUAGCCUAUCCUCAUCCCACCAUCCAAAAGAUCAUUCUGAAAGCUCUGUUCAUCACCAGUGACCACAACUCUCUGUUGUGCAAGCUGAAGACCUUCUGAUUUCUCCUCAGGGCAUCACAACUUCCAGAACCAGCAUAUUUUUACCAACAACUUGGUAUUUAGCCUUGAUGCCAGUACACAAACACAAAAAUAAAGUUGAUAAUCUGUUUUUGCUAUAAGGAGAGUGCCUUCCUCUGAAGAUUCUAGGGAUAUUUCCUUUCUGUUUUCUUUGCAGAGAAUAUUGUUGAAUACCAGAGCAUUCUGGUAUUCUGGGCUGGAGAAAAUGAUAUACUUUUCUUUUAUAUUCUUUAGCACAGUUAAGGAAACAUUCUCAAAAGGAAAAUAAAUAGUCUAGCCUUAUCUUUAAACAGAAGAAUCCUAUUUUAACCUGUGGAAAGCUAGUUACAGAAGAAGUUUCCCUUGAGAGUUAAAAGGUGUCCCCACCCCACCCCCGUUUUUUUCUUUGUUAUUAUAUUAUUCAAUCUUAUAGACAGACAGCAUUUUGUAUGGAAGUCUUUUUUGUAUAUAGACUGAUAUAACUUGAGUGGGGCUAAUACAGUCAGUCUGACUUUUUUCCCAAACCAGUGCUUCUACUAUUUCCAAUGUUCAGAAUAUAAGUGCCAUUGUUUUUAUAGCCAAAACUUCACCAUCUAUUAACUAGGAAGAAUUAUCAGCAGGCUUGAGAAAAAAACCCAAAGGUUUAUGGAAAUGCAAAAUAGCUUUAGAAUUAAAACAGCCCCUAAAGGGAUGGGACCAAAAAGGUCAAGGAGAAUGAAUUGAACUUGAUAGACAUGGUGUGCUGAAAAAGUUGAAGGGCAGAUGGAAAACUAUGGGGGAAUGGAACAGUUCCUAGAAUCCUGACCUGAUUUUGUUUCAGGUGCCAAUUAUCUGUGCAGUAGAAUCAUAUAAUUGGCCAAGUACAUUUAGAGCAUCAAGUCCAACUCCCUGCUUAGUGCACAAAUUAAGAAACCAAGGAUAGGUGGCUACUGAAUCUCCAUGUCAACACAUCUGGUGAAAAGAGCCCUUUGCCUAUCUGGGUAAGUCAUCCCAUUAUUGAAUUUGUUGUUAACAUUUUUUUCUAACAUUUAAUUGGAAUCUGCCUUCCUGUAACUUAACUUCAUAAUUCUCUGUCCAAGAAGAGAUCUUGACUUUCUUCUGUGUGACAUCCAUUUAGGUGUUUGAGGAAUGGCUAUUACAUCUUCACUCUGUCUUUUCUUCUUAACCCUAAACAUGCCCAGUUCUUUUACACUAGUCCCCUGACCAUCUUUGUUGCCUUUCUCUGAACCAUUAUUUUGACAGCAUGGUGCUGACAACUGGAUAUACAUAGUAUUUAAGGUGGCAUCUGACCACGACAGAAUGGUUGGGGUAAUAAGGCUCUGUUGAUGGAGCCUAAAACUGCCUUUGCCUUUUUGUAGCUAUUCCACACUGCUCAUUCACAUUCAGUUUGGAGUCUACUACUUUUCUAAGAACUUUUUUUUUUACAAGUAGCAUUAACUAACCAACUAUCCCUUUUCUAACACAAUGGCUUGCUAAGUGAAGAACAUUACAUUUUUCUCUGUUACAUUUUAUUUUGAUGCUUUCAGUCCAUUUCUCUAACCUAACAAGAUAGUUUGAACUUUAUUUCUGUCUUCCAAGGUAUUAGUUAUCCCACCCAAUAUUGUGUCAUCUUCAAAUCUGAUAAGAAGUCCUUGUAUUUCUUCAUCCAAGUCAUUAAUAAAAAUCUUGGAAGAGUAUAACAUUCAGCUAAAUCUUGUGGCACCUCACCUAAUACCCUUAUCCUGUUUGAACAAAAACCAUUGAUGAGUGAAGUGCUAUUGAAGAUUGCUUGGCUCAAUGAAGCAUCUGACACCCCUCAUUCUUCUUGCCUGUGGCUCCUUUAAUCCCAUAACAAAUAUGCACAUGCGUUUAUUUGAACUAGCAAGAGAUCACCUUCAUCAAACAGGAAAGUACCAUGUGGUAGAAGGUAUAAUUUCACCAGUUAGCGACAAUUAUGGGAAGCAAGGAUUGGUAGCAGCAAAACAUCGGAUAGCAAUGGUUCAGCUUGCAGUUGAGACAUCUGACUGGAUCAGAGUGGAUCCUUGGGAGAGUGAGCAAAGUCAUUGGACCGAGACUCUCAUAGUACUACGGCACCAUUACAAAGAGCUACUUAAAUCACACAAUAUCAGAAAACUGCCUGGAGAAAACACUUGGCACAAAGAAGAAGCAGCUAAGUCAUCAGUUGGUUCGUCAGUUACAGUUGUUCCAGAGCUAAAACUUCUCUGCGGAGCUGAUGUUUUGAAGACUUUUCAAACACCCAACCUCUGGAAAAAAGAACAUAUUACAGAAAUAGUGGAAAGGUUUGGACUAAUCUGCAUUAGUCGCGCUGGCCAUGAUCCUUCCCAGUACAUCGCUAACUCAGAGCUUUUAAAUAAACACCAGCAUAAUAUCCACUUAGUAAAAGAGUGGGUUCAGAAUGAAAUCAGUGCUACGAGCAUAAGGCACGCCUUGCGCAAAGGACAAAGUGUGAAAUACUUGGUUCCAGACUCUGUUAUUUCUUACAUUAAGCAACACAAUAUAUAUACAGAAAAGACUGAAUGAAAUAAAGGCAAUUUGCUGUAGCCCUUUAAACUUUUGAUUCUGUGCUCAGCUCCCACUAAUCAUUGGUUUAUUUUCUGUUAACUUUUUCAAAGAGACAGAGAAAGAGAGUGUCUGUAUAUGGCCUAUUGGAUGUAAUCAUUUAGAAGCAAUCCACUAAAUGGAAAACUUGAAUACAACAAUGUGAACAUUUCUAGAGAUUUGAUUUAAAACUGAAUUCCCCCACUUUCUACAGUGUUGAGAACUAUUUUACAUACACCUUCAAGAUUCAUGACAUAUUCCUGUAUUCCUGUAUUGAAGUGACUCAAUAAAGCCAUUUUAAUUUCACCUGAUUCACCUGAUUUCACCUGAUACUAAAGCUUAAAGUAUUGGAGUCAUGUGUACACACUGUGUGUGUUUUAAUGAAGCCUUGGGCUAACUGAAAUGUGGCAAAGUUGUUUUAGGAUUUGUUAAUAUAAGAAGUAUUUUUGCUUUGUUCUGGGGAAAAAUCUGUUGUAACAUUUGAGUUAACAUUUCAGUGUGCAUUUUUUUAGGCAUCUUGAAUUAUUGCUCUAAACCUUUAAUCAUAUCACAGUGAUAUAAUGCUUUUAAUACAUCUAUUUUAGUAUUAAAUUGUCAGCCAUUGUCCUGUUAGAGUAGAAGAAACAAUCCUGCUUGUCAACACUGGAUUUGCAAGGCUUACCUGAUAACCUCAUUUCAUUGCAUCUUUCGUUUUCCUAAAGAGCCAAAGAAAAAAGCUACAUAUUUUUCUGUUAAUUACUUCUUUAUAUUAUCCAUGGGCAUUUCACUACUCUUCAAAUAAUUUUUUUAAAAAUUGGUUCAUUUUCAGAUAUGUAAGUAUUUUAACCACGAGUACAUUGGCCAGAAGACACUCAUGCUCAUUGUUUAAUGCAGUAUGAGGCAAAAAAAAGUAGCAUGCUGCUUCAUCUGAUACUAAUAGGACUACAGGAUGCUAUUCAAGCAAAAUGUUGUCUAGUGCCUGAAACUUGAAUAUAUGCUCCAGUACUGAAAGGUGUGCUCCUCAGAGUCAGUCAAAGAUGUCGGGCAUAUUCCCUUUCAAUGGGGGCAUCAGUAAGCUAUGGAGAAAUCUGUCCUUGAUUCUGACUCUGGUGGCCACACAUUGUCUUAAGUAAGCAGGAGCUGGCAUUUCUUUUCAAGCAGCAAACAUGCUUUUUAUUGCUGUUUUUCUCCCAUCUCUCUUGACCUGCUGCUCAACAACAGGAAACCAUUUACAGAAUCAUUUUCAACCCCCUUAUUAUAAGGAGACAAGAAUAUCAGUCAGAAUUCUGAAGGAUACUCAUUUUUCUGUACUUCUGCAAUCUUUUGGUGGCAAAAUAUAACUCAAGCUUAAAGAAAUGUUGGUUUGUGUACAGUUUUAUAUGAAAUUUAUUUUGCAUGCUACAUGUUUCUGGUAAAACUUUUCUUUCUUCCAGAAACUAAUCACAGUGCACUUUCCU